AUGGCUGAUUUUGUUCAUUGCAAUGCUUGUUUCAAAAUCCCAAAGGCUGAAUUAAAAUUUUUUAUAACUUCCUGUUUUCAUUUGUCUUGCAACAAAUGCUUAGAUCUUUCUAGACAACCUUCAACAUGCUCUUUUUGUAAAAAAAAUGUUGGUUGGAGGGAGAUUAACCGAAACUUAGAUCAGAAUUUAAGAAAGCUCUUUAGGCCUCCUAGUCAGAUCACGACUGAGUUUCAAGGAAGGUUCACGAAAGCUGUAGCCUUCCAGAGAAUGUUAUUAAGAAGCUUGACAGAGAAUUUCAAAAUUGAAAAAGAGGAGUUCCACAAAAAGCUACUGCAAUUUGAUUCCAAGUCGGAAGAAGAUCAGAAAUUACUAGUUGCCACUAGAGAGAAACUGCAAAGAACUAAAAUGGAACUGAAAGACACUUUGGAAAAGAUGAUGUUGUAUCAAAAACAGUAUGAAGAAACAAAAGAAACGUUUGGUGGGUUCGAAAAACCUGAAGAAAAGACAGGGUUUGGCUCAGAGCUAGAGAAGCUUUUUGCUACAGCAUCAUCUGCUGACGUCUCUAGAGAAAGUUUCAACUUGAGCAACGCCUUUGAAAACCCACCUCCCACUACAACCACUGGAAUAUCUUUUAUGCUGCCUGAGAAUCAGGCGAACAGAAGUAUCAAUUCUGCUAAUUCAUUUGACAUGACAUCAGAUCAUUUCCACAGCCCUUCUGCUGUUAACUCCUCAGAGGUUCCUUCAACUCCCAGGUUAUUAGGGGUUGGUGGUAGCCCAGCCAAUAGAACCCUAGUGUCACCAAUUUCCAUUCCACGGAAAGGAGAUAACCCAUACAUGGAUAUGAUGUGCUAUUCUAAAAACAAACGUGUGGCCACCCUAACUGAGACGCUCUCUCCACUUUAUCGUGCAUCUCAGGGAAGUCGUCAUAUGACUCCACAAUUAAAAUCAUCAAGUUCGGGUUCGGUUACGAAAGGCAGGAUUAUACCAAAAGUUUUAGCUCCGCCAGUAACAACGGACUUUGAUUUCCCCUAA